AUAAUCCCUUAAUUGAGUCACUCAAGGUCUAUUUUCUUCGUGAACUGCGUCACAAAGGUCUUUCAAUUGAUGACGUAAAACGAUUCUGUGCAGCACACACAAAUAAAUUUCCUUGGCUAUCCACAUUCAAAUGGAGUGAUAAUAAAGAUAAUCGUCUUCCAUUUAAUCCAUAUUGGCAACUACCGGAAUAUCACCAGGCAGAAAACGCAUUUAAAAAAUUGUAUAGCAUUGGAAACGAAGCUCCUCUUCAGGCUUUUAUUCAACAAUUGCAAAAUAUUAAUGAAUUUCGUGCAAGAAUUGCAUUAUUUGGACUUAUUAUAUCUCACCUACAUGUGGUUAGGGCAUCUCGUGAAUGGAGGGCACCAGAAAAUCAAGCUUCGGAUUUUUUGAAGAUUGUUGGUACAAUGAACAAUUUAUCGGAUGGAUAUAAAGUAACUAUAGGAAGAAUACUUUCAAACAAUCAAUCGCUCCUUCGCUUAGACGAAACUAUAGAUAAUAGUAAUUUGUUUUUAAAAUCGGUUAUAGCUCAUAUUGUAGCAUUGCAUGCUUCAAUUCCACCAGAUUUCACACCACUUGCGGCAUAUUUCCAUAAUAUAGGUGCAUGUCAAAAUAUGUUUAUUUUGACUGUAGUUACUGGAGGUGAAGGACAAAUUGUCCG